UCAUAUGUUUGGCUGAAACAAAGGGUUCGGAGCGGAAACAGUUGACCGAAGCAGUCGUUUGUAAGCAUGUUUGCUGCCGACUUCGGCACACAAAGCUUCUAAUGGAAUUAACUUGCACCAAUUGUCCUCACGCUGCCUCUAUUCGGGCUAUCUUCCCGACAAACUGUUGCAAUUGCUCAAGUCACACCUAUCUGCUCUCUCAAAUUGAGACCGCUGUAAGUUCAAGACCAACACCUUCAGCUCAUAUGCAACUAGCGUAGCUCCCGAUCAACUAAGAUGGACGAGGGGGAGGCAAGCGCGCUGCCGCAGAGGCACAAUGCCCGACGACGAAUGCGACAGCAGCAGCAGGAGAGGGCGGAGGAGCCAGACGAGGCUGGCACUUCAUAUGGCGCACACGCACCCAACGCCGGUGCUGGUGGCAGUCAGGGCGGCCCGGCGGACGUCAAAGGGCCAUCGUACGGCGGUGACGAGGACAAGGACGAUGAAGGUGGCAGUGGUGGUUUCGGUAACCCUGACGAGUAUGGCUUUAAAGGAGCAGGUUGCGAGGCAGCAUACGUUCAGGGAGGCGGGACGGACGACGGCGACGGCGAUGGUGAGGAGCAGCGGCGGCGGCGUCCCAGGUCUGAUGAUGGCGACCUACCCGCCUAUCGCUCUGCAGCCGUAGGAAACUUCAAGUUUGAGUAUCUGGAUCACACGGCGGAUGUGCAGCUGCACGCAUGGGGCGCUGACCUGAAGGAGGCGUUCGAGCAGUGCGCCCUGGCCAUGUUUAACUACAUGUCGCCAAUAAAGCAUGUACGGCUGCAGGAGAGCAGGACGUACCGCAUGGAGGGUCACGACCUGCCCUCCCUGCUGUACGCCUUCCUGGACGAGCUGCUGUUCGUGUUCGCCACGGAGCUGUUCCUGGCUGCCUCCGUGCGCAUCACGUCCUUCGACCGGGAGUCCUUCGUCAUCGAGGCAGAGGGGUUUGGGGAGACCUUUGACCGCACCGUACACGAGGUUGGGACGGAGAUCAAGGCGAUCACGUACAGCGCUAUGUCAAUCGGAGAGCGAGAGGGAGAUGCAGAGAUCUUCGUCAUUGUGGACAUCUAGGCAGCCACCUGGCUGUGACACCUAAUGCUGUGGUGUUAAUGUAGAUGGCGUCUUUUGUUAAUGCAAGCCAUGUUUCAUCCUCAAGCGAAAAUGGCAAGCGUGUGCAGGGUUGCCACAAUGGCGUGCGGAUUAGCACG